AUGGAGUAUUGCAUUUGGAAACGAGAUACGAGUGGUAGCGAACUUCUGCCGGGAUCAUUAGAGGAAGUUAUGCCCGACGUGAUCAUUCGUCGCUUCCUACUACGCGCUGGCUUCCGUUCCUGCUCGGACCGCGCCGCGUUCCAGGUGCGACGCCACGUAAGUGACUUCUUUCGUCGCAUCGUGGGCUGUAUGGUAGUCAUGAUGCAACAUGACGGUCGCUGUAGCUUUCGUCUCAUUGACGUCAAGCGCGCAUGCGAGCACUUUGGUAUUCGCAUGUAUGGCUACGAUGACAUGUGUCUGCUAGCUGCUGGCCGCAUGUGCGGUCCUGAGUCUUAUCACGUGACGGAGCUGGUUGAGGUCAACUCUAUUUUCAAUCGCCCAAUGGACUCAAACGAGGAACCUGAUAACGAGCCUGGUGCACGUUAUAAGAAAACGAACUUUGUGGCCAACUACACGUCGUGGAAGGAAGAAAUGGGGGAGCUAGAAGACGAUGUGAGCGAGCCCAGCGAGUGGUCCUUUUCUGAUAGUAGUGAAACCGAGGUAGAAGACGAGCGGGAUGUAGGUAUUGAACCUUUGACUUCUUGGCAACCUAAUGAAGAGAAGUUUCUGGUGUCGCUGCGUGAAGCACAGGAGUUUGUGGACGACGAGUUGCUACAUGAACCAGAAGAUGAGGAUGGAGACUGUGAGAAUCAACCUGGUCAGGGGUACUUCUCGGACUACGACGAUAGCUGUGAGCCGGAGUACUUGAAAAUGCAACAAGCUCAAGUAGAGAAUGAAGAUGCGCAAUGGAAUAAGGUUGGCGAACUCCAUGUUUUGCAGGAUGGCGAGGAUAGCGACCCUGCCGAGUUGCAAAACUUUAGUGAUAGUUCCAAUCUGUACGUUGUCUCACGCCAGGAGUUUUUUCGUAUAUAUCGCACGCUUCUUAGCCUCACGCUGAGACUAGGAGAGCUACAGAUUAGCUCGGUCGCGCUAAGCGCUCUGCACAACGCCACGGAGCAAUGUCUCCACCGGUCGCUUACUGAAGGUUCGCUUCAUUAUCAAUUGGCUGCUAUCCUGAAAGACCAGGAACACGUCAAGCUAACGAGUCAGCUGGAGUCAGAACUGCAAAUGCAGCGAGAGAAGGUAAAUAAACUGUGUGAGACCAUUGCUGCUAACAAGGCCACUUUCAAGGCUAAGGAGUUGGCAAUGCAGAAACAGAUCGAGCAGCUAAAGAAGCAAUUACAAGGUCAACACGACGUGCAAAUGCAGACACCUCCUAGCCUCAAGAAGAAAAUGUCUGCAAAGCGAAAAUCCGCGAGUAAGAAAUCUCACAAUGCCCGAAAGGGUCUGUCCAAAGCCUCAAAUGGUUCUACGACCGUAGUAGGUGCGCUGCGUUCGCGGGAUCCGAACCACUCGGGCUCCAAGAAGGUCAAGUUUGGUUCUCACACUGUUUCGGCUAGUUCCCUCAUUGCAUUGUGCGGGUCAGCGGAGUGGUAG